UUGGCUGCAUCUUCGAAAUUAGGCAAGGCCUGUCUGCAAUCAAAAUCGUAAAACCCCCCUUUUUCUUUCUUCUUCCAUUUCCGGCAGUCUUCUCAUUCUUCGUCUUAAUUUCUUCCGACGAUUCCGAGUGUGCUCUUCUCUCUCUGCUGUUAAUCAGGAAACCAGAGACCUAACGUGAAACUUGACGCUAGUAUUGUAUUGCACUGAGUGUUUGGUGAAAGGAGAGAAUUAUUUGGAAUGGAUGCAAAAGCGAAGCAGAAAGCAUCGUUUCGAGCGAAGUUGAGCGCUCAAAAAAAGGAAAAGCAGCGGAUUGAUUCUCCCCUUGUAAGGUAUAAUGAACAUGAUCAACCCAUAUGUAGAGUCUGUGAUGUGGUUGUCAAAUCUGAGCAGCUUUGGCCUGCACAUCAAGCAUCUCGCAAGCAUCACGAGGCUGUUGAAAAGUACAAAGCCAGUGGUGCUGCUGCAAAAAAUCGGGCAAAUAAUGCUAAAUCUGAGUCUGCUAAAGAUUUACCAAAGCCUAAACCUGAGUCAUCCAGAGAUUUGAAUGCUAAACCUGAACCUUCUGUUGCCUUGCCUAAACAACGAUCAUCUACUCUGCCACCUGGGUUUUUUGAUGAUCAUGAUACAAAGAGACAGAAAAUUGAAAGGGAACCCAGGAAGUUUGGAAACCCUGAUUCAGUGGAUGAUUCCGUGCAUAUAAAGAACCAACUUGCCGAGGCUUCUGUCUCAGGGAAUGGGAUCAACAGAUCAUCGACUGCUACAACUGAGGACAUGGGACAACUGGGGCUUCAGGCUGCCAAUGAUUUUAGGCAGGUGUCAAAACCAGCCACUGGAUUAGAAUCUAAACAAGCCAAAGGAGCACUCCCUGCAGGAUUUUUUGAUGACAAAGAUGCUGAAUUACGUGCACGGGGAAUCACACCUGUCAAGCCUGAUGUUAAGGAUGAAUAUAAGGAGUUUGAGAGAUUGAUUAAAGAUGAUUUACAGGAGAUAGAUAAUCGUUUGGAGGAAGAAGAGUUUGAUGCAGCUGAAAAUAUUGAAGAGGAGGAGAUGGUUGAGCAAAGGAACUACGUAGAUAGGGUUGAGAUGUUAAGAAGGAAGAAGCUCGAGAUUAGUGCUUCCAGAUCUGCUAUUACUCCUAAGAGUAAGGAAGUCGCACGCAAGGAUUCCAGCCACGACGACUCGUCCAGUGAUGAUGAGGAUGAAGAGAACUUUAAAGUCGAUUGGAGAGCUAAGCAUUUUUAGGCACACUUCCUCUCCGUUGCAGGUGAUCAUCUCCAUGAGCAUUCAUGUAUCUUCGAUGCUAAAAGCCUAAAACAGCCUCUCUCUUUAAGAAUGAAAAAUCGCUUCAGUUAUUAGGGAAUCGUAAGCUUGUCAGCAUAUCUUGUAGUAACAAAUUUGUUACAUGGAAACAGUAUCACGAUUUUAUGAUUCGUUUUUGGAUGAAAUUGCUUUUUUCAGGGAACA